AUUAGCGUUCGAUCGGACGAGGAAGUGUACCAAUACCAAAACAGCUCUACACACGUUUCGUGAACUGUGAAAUGUCAAGCUUAUAACCACAGAUAUCUCAAUUGUUCAGCAACCUGUGUAUUGUUAUGUUGUAGCUCAACGCAGAACGUUGUUUCAAAGGGACUGCAAUUUCUGGGUUGGACAUUUCUGUACAACAUGGAAGAAGAUGAUGGACUAAAGGAUAACCUUCGUCUACAGUUCCAGGCUCUGCAGGAGCAGCAAGAGAAGCGUCUCCAGAGAAGACUAGAGAAACAGAAGAAGGAGCAGAAGGUCACUGAGUUCCAGGACAAUCUGAACCUGUCCCAGCUAGACAUUCAUCACACGGAUGAUUGUAGUAAAAAGCUGUUACAGAAUGAAAAUGAACAGUUACAGGACCAGGUGAGGGAGCUGAGGGAUGAAAAUGGCCGACUAUUCAAACUAGUGAGCGAGAAAGACUUUGAGAUUAAACAUCUGAAGAAGAAGAGGGAGGAAGACAGGCUGGCUUUAGCAGGCACAUCUGGCUUGGCGGGUGAUGCGGCAGCAACCAAGAUUGUUGAGCUUUCUAAGAGGAAUCGAGAGUUUGCUUCUGAAAUGGAACGAGAAAAAGUUAAAGCAAAACAAACUAGCAACAGAGUGAAAGAGCUUGAGAAAGAGCUCCAGGCUGCUUUGUUGCUUAGACCUCCUGGGAAGAAGAUGGAUGUAAAGCCACAAGACUUGAGGUCAUCCCAGGACUUCCAGGAGAACAGUCCAGUGGUAAAAUCUCUACAGGAAAAACUAUCUGCUGCCCAAUUCAAGAUGACAGAAUAUCGAAACCAGAUUCAAGCUGUCAAGCAGGAAUUGAAAAUAGCUCAGAAGGUGUUAUCCAGUGAGGUAGGAGAGGAAGUCAGCAUCCAGCAGCUACUGACCAGCCCAGGGAACUGGAGAGGUCGCUCCCAGCAGAUACUGGCUCUCCAGAUUAGGGUUCGGGACCUGGAGCAGCAGCUGAGCCAAUCAGCUCAGAGGAAGCAGCCGUCAUUCGUCAGCGUGGAAGAGGAGCUACUGUGGGGCGGGGCCCUGCAGAAGACACCCCCCCAGGACAGGAACCUCAGCUACAUCCGCAAUAUGGAGAGGGAGAAGAGAGAAACUCUGGAGAGGAUGACGGGGGACUAUGAUUCCCUCAUGAAGGACCACAAGGAUGUGAAGAAGAAGCUGGAGGGCUCCAAGGCCAGAAACAAAAACCUGAGCACUGAGGUGAAAUCACUGAAGGCCCAGAUCUCCACCCUGCUGGACAAAGGAAAGCAUGAUGAUGAGCUGGUGGAUGCCUUACUGAAGCAGCAGAGCCAGCUGCAGGAGGUGCUGGGCAGGCUGAGCCAGCAGGACGCGCAGACCAAGGAAAGCCAGCAGAACCUGGGGCAGCAGCUGAGCAGCGAGGCCCAGAGACACACAUCCCUCAUUCAGCAGCUCAAACACAUGGUCUCCGAGAGGGAGGCCAAAGUGAAAGAGCUGGAGGACGAGAUACAGCAACUGUCCUUAAAGAGAGAGGAAGGCGGUCAAUCAGACCCCAAGACUACCACUGGCAGUUUCUGGCCUUUGACAGCAGGGGGAGACAGCAGUAAGAGGAUUAGCUCAGCCCGUUCAGUAUCUAAACUUGGACAUAAACUAGUGGAGUCAGCAGCUGGGGUCAGUUUAGAGGUCAGAGAUCCAGGAGCUCCUUCGGGUUGUCAGAACUGUUCAGAGGAGGUGAGGUACCUGAAGGCAGAGUGUACAGAGUUUCGGACCCUUUGUGAGGCUGCCUGUGUGGAGAGAGAUAGGCUCCUAGAGCUAGUCAAGCUCCAGCAAUACAGGGAGGAGGAAGGGAAGCAGAGGUGCCUAGGGGCAGAGCAAAAAUUCCAUGGAGAACGCAGAAGGGCCGUAGCCCUAGAGCAGCAGCUAGAAAAAGCAAAGCUGGAUCUGGGCAAAGGAUUGACUCCCAGACAAACUAGCAACAAGGGCACUGGAGGAGCCUCGUCUAGUGGGAGACAGAGGGAAUCAUCAUCCCCUCGAAGCCCUCCUGACCUUUCCAGGGAGGCCCAAGUCAUUGAACUAAGUACCCAGCUGGCGGUGCUGCAGGGGGAGAACGAGGCUCUGAGGGCUGAGCUGAGGAGCACUCUCCAGGCCAAGGCUGAGGACCUGCAGCUCUGCAGUGACAUGAUGAACCAAGUCAAGCACGUCUUUCUGCAGGCGCUGCGACAACACAAGCAGGACAGAGACACAAACCAGGAGAAUUAGUUAGCUAGCUGUAUUAAAGGCCCUGGCUGCUGAACCUGCUGGACUUUAACCACGUCCCCAAAAAAACUUAAGUUCCUCUUGUCCAGUCAUAUCAACUCUGAGGAAGGACAGAAAUGGAGCAGACCUGUCUGCUUCAGCAAUACAAUGUAAUUACUGGUUCCUGGUUUCCUGACUGCUUCCUGCUAACUCUGUUGACCACGAAAAGACAAGAACCUGCUUUGAUUGCCCCCAUGUAGUGAAUAUGAGCAAGCCAAUCAAAGCCAACUUGGCACCUGCCGACCAAAAGGUUUAUCAACUUUGACAUGAAGAUGUCACACAGUGGUUCCUACUGUUGAUUGCAUGACUGGUCAGUGCAUAUAGAAUGUGUCUGCAUUAUUUGAUGUGUAUGCAUGGACUUGUCCAUAGGUGUUUUUCUUUUCUAAAUGUCACUGUCAUAUCAAAAUAGUGUCGUCGUCUUAGCACCUGUGUUUGUAAGAUUUAGUACAGAGGGCCGCAGUCUGUUUGUAAGAUUUAGUACAGAGGGCCACAGUGUGUUUGUAAGAUAUAGUAUAGAGGGCCGCAGUCUGUUUGUAAGAUUUAGUACAGAGGGCCACAAUGUGUUUGUAAGAUAUAGUACAGAGGGCCGCAGUGUGUUUGUAAGAUUUAGUAUAGAGGGCCGCAGUGUGUUUGUAAGAUUUAGUACAGAGGGCCGCAGUCUGUUUGUAAGAUUUAGUACAGAGGGCCACAGUGUGUUUGUAAGAUAUAGUAUAGAGGGCCGCAGUCUGUUUGUAAGAUUUAGUACAGAGGGCCGCAGUCUGUUUGUAAGAUUUAGUACAGAGGGCCACAGUGUGUUUGUAAGAUAUAGUAUAGAGGGCCACAGUGUGUUUGUAAGAUUUAGUACAGAGGGCCACAGUGUGUUUGUAAGAUAUAGUAUAGAGGGCCACAGUGUGUUUGUAAGAUAUAGUAUAGAGGGCCACAAUGUGUUUGUAAGAUAUAGUACAGAGGGCCACAGUGUGUUUGUAAGAUAUAGUACAGAGGGCCGCAGUGUGUUUGUAAGAUAUAGUAUAGAGGGCCAGAAUGUGUUUGUAAGAUAUAGUACAGAGGGCCACAAUGUGUUUGUAAGAUAUAGUACAGAGGGCCGCAGUGUGUUUGUAAGAUAUAGUAUAGAGGGCCGCAGUGUGUUUGUAAGAUAUAGUAUAGAGGGCCGCAGUGUGUUUGUAAGAUAUAGUAUAGAGGGCCGCAGUGUGUUUGUAAGAUAUAGUAUAGAGGGCCGCAGUGUGUAAGAUAUAGUAUAGAGGGCCGCAGUGUGUUUGUAAGAUAUAGUAUAGAGGGCCGCAGUGUGUAAGAUAUAGUAUAGAGGGCUGCAGUGUGUAAGAUAUAGUACAGAGGGCCGCAGUGUGUUUGUAAGAUAUAGUAUAGAGGGCCGCAGUGUGUAAGAUAUAGUAUAGAGGGCCGCAGUGUGUAAGAUAUAGUACAGAGGGCCGCAGUGUGUUUGUAAGAUAUAGUAUAGAGGGCCGCAGUGUGUUUGUAAGAUAUAGUACAGAGGGCCGCAGUGUGUUUGUAAGAUAUAGUACAGAGGGCCGCAGUGUGUUUGUAAAAUAUAGUAUAGAGGGCCGCAUUGUGUAAGAUAUAGUACAGAGGGCCGCAGUGUGUAAGAUAUAGUACAGAGGGCCGCAGUGUGUUUGCAUGUGUUUGCAACAUGUGAAUGAAAUAUAACAUUAUUUUUCACCGUCACAGCUAAGAUGCUAAUGUUUAGUUAGGGCUCUAUUCAAUCCAUAUCGCUGAAGAUCUGCUUCAUAACACAUUGACAAUUAAAGGCAAUGUUCCCUGCUGUCUCAUAGACUGCAUUCACGGUAAACGCUGCAUAUCAAAUCACAUUUUAUUUGUCACAUACGCCAAAUACAACAGGUGUUCACCUUAUAGUGAAAUGCUUACUUACAAGCCCAUAACCAACAAUGCAGUUCAAGAAAUAGAUUUAAGAAAAUAUUUAGUAAAUAAACUAAAGUUAAAAAAAUAAUAAUAAUAAUCAAAAAGUAACAAUAGAAAAUUACAUAACAAUAACGACACUAUAUACAGGGGUACUGAUACCGAAUCAAUGUGCGGGGGUACAGGUUAGUCGAGGUAAUUUAUAAAGUGACUAUGCAUAGAUAAUAAACAGCAAGUAGAGGCAGUAUAAAAACAAAAUGGGGGGGCGUCAAUGUAAAUAGUCCGGGUGGCCAUUUAAUUAAUUGUUCAGCCGUCUUAUGGCUUGGUGGUAGAAGAUGUUCUUGGCGCUCCGGUACCGCUUGCCGUGCGGUAGCAGAGAGAACAGUCUAUGACUUGGAUAACUGGAGUCUUUGACUAAUUUUUUUUUAUGUCGGCUCAAUCUGAAAUUACCUUUAAGUUUCAACUUGGAUCCUCCGAGAUACUUGUAUCCAGGCUACAGUAUCACACAUAAAUAUUUAACAGCCCCAAACCAAAUAGUAAAUCAAGUAAAGUCCCUCAAUAGUUUAACAUUAUUCAAAGCUAUCGCGGCUAAUCACUUCUGACUUAAAACCAGAUGUGGGGGAAUAGUGGUUGAAAACGAAUGUAGACUUUAAGCUACACAAACCCCCCACUCUGCCACUCUAUACUGUCGGUUCCUUAGAGCAUGUUCCCAAUGCUUACUGUAUAUACAGUGAUCCCCAAAACUACUGGGACAGUGACACAUUUGUUGUUGUUUUGGAUCUCCACUCCAGCACUUUGGAUUUGAAAUGAUACAGUGACUAUGAGGUUAAAGUGCAGACUCAGUAUUAAAUUGAGGGUAUUUUCAUCCAUAUCGGGUGAAUCAUUGGAAAUUACACCACUUUUUGUACAUAGUCCCCCCAUUUUAGGGGACCAAAAAUAUUGGGACAAAUUCAAUUACAUGUGUAUUCAAGUAGUCAAAAGUUUAGUAUUUGGUCCCAUAUUCCUAGCCCACAAUGAUUACAACAAGCCUGUGACUCUACAAACUUGUUGGAUGCAUUUGCUGUUUGUUUUGGUUGUGUUUCAGAUUCUUUUGUGCCCAAUAGAAAUUAAUGGUAAAUAAUGUAUUGUGUCAUUUUGGAGUCACAUUUAUUGUAAAUAAUAAUAGAAUAUGGUUAUAAACACUUCUACAUUAAUGUGGAUGCUACCAUGAAGUUCACCCGAUAAACGGUUCACCCGAUAUGAAUGAAAAUACCCUCAAAUUAAACCUAACAGUCUGCACUUUAA